AUGGACUUCUCGCCAAUUUCUUCUUUAAAAAAAACGAACCAAGCGAAUAAAUACGAUGAUUUCCGUCGAGAGUGGGUGCGUCAGCGCCGAGCACGCAUGGACUGGCAAGCCAUAAUCAAUCCAUGUCAUGACAAUAUGGCCUGGGGAAAAGUGAAGGCUGGCUGGGAAAAACCUAACAGAACCAAUGCCUCUACGAGUGAGAUAAUAUUUCAGGACAUCAGGCCUGCGGGAGAGUAUAGUAAGAUUUUCAUCCAAUCAAAAACGUCGGAUAAUAUAACGAAAGUCAUCGGUGGAGACUUUUGGAGGGUCUACGUACGUGGUCCAGCAAACAUUGCGGCUACUCUUUUUGAUCACAAUAAUGGAACUUAUGAAGCUCUGUUUCUUAUCAUGGAGCCUGGUAUCUAUCAGUUGUUAAUUUAUCUGGAUUAUAGUCUGUGCGAUGGAUUCAAGGAUCCACCACGUGACUGGUUUAUUCAGGGCAAUGUUCAAGGGAAAGGUCAGCGGGAGGGUCUUCUAGGCCCUCUGGAUGAUUACUUGUUCCAGCCCCUUCAGAGCGGAAGGCCUUUGGAGAUAAACGUAACAAAGGCAGAGACGAACUUUUCAUUAGAUGGUUAGUAACUUGGCAGACGGAAAACACAAUUUUACCAUUAGCCGGUAUGUAAUAACCUGGCAGCGUUUACCGCGAAAGCGCCGUACAAAUAAAUCUAUCGCUUAGAGCGCUUUUUGAUUGAGUGUCGCAAACCGAUAUCAACGUAAUCACAACGGCCAAUCAGAUGAAAGGCAAUAUUCAUAAGCAGCCAAUGAGCGCUCAAAGUGAAAAUACACAAACAUCUUUAAGCGCGGGAAACACGUUAUCAAUUUGCGAUUGGUUUUGGCUUUAAAUCUGAUUGGUCGAGAAAGUAGCGCGGACCAAUCACAUAGCAAAGUAAAAGAAAACCAAAGGAAUCUCAGAUUGCUUCAACAAUGUUGUGUAUAAGUUAAAUUUCUAAUUUUUUUUCUUGCAACUUUGUUCUGUACAGACAAACUUCACUCUCUAGAGUCGUGCUCUUCGACAUGUAAUAACUUGUGGGAUGGAUUUGGUCGGUGGAAGAAUGACAAAUGGCGGCCAUACCUUGAAGGUAAGAACUCAUCCGUCAUUGGCGAAGCCAAAUUGGAAGAACAAGCAAAUAUAUUUACUUUGCUGGCACUGGUUUGUAAUCAGUUUUGAUAGUAAGACCUAGACGCAAAGCGUAUUGUAAAUAAUCAAAGAAUUCCUUACUUCAUUGAAUAUUUGCCUUCUUACAGAAUCAUACAACUGGUCUCUACCAGCAAAUUACAGCUCUUCUGGAACUCUUUGGGUGUAUGGUGAUUCAUUAGCGGUUCGUCUGCAUCUUUCAGUCAGCUCUCGAGCCCUAUGUAGAAAGCUCUACUUAAAAUGCAAACACAGUUAUAACUGGCUCUAUCCAAUAAUUAACGAGCAACAGAGCAAGACGGAAAACGAUAACCUCGACUUCCGUGCUGGGGAGGUUUUGAAAGCCAUUCGAAACGUUCUUAAUACGAAUGAAUUACAGCAGCCUUCCAGUGUAUUACUUUUAAACCUUGGACUUCACUAUACUACCAACAUCAAUUUUACAACUUUCCAGAAGCUCAUCGGAGAAGUAAUAAAUUUGUUGAAAGAGACACAAGUUAACUUACAAGGCAAAGAAGUUCCAAAGUAUAAGGCCAAGAUCAUUUGGAAAUCAACUACAGCUUUGUGUAAGCACAAUGGAGCGAUACUCAACCCAACAAAUAAUAGAUUCCUUACACCGCAGGUUUGUGCGUAUUUAAAGACAAUCUCUGUAUCGAUGACCAUAAAAUUAUAGCAGUCUUAAAUUCAAACAUUUGAUCAUCUUAUUUUGUCUUAUUUUAUUUCUAUUUCAGCGAGUUCUUCUAUUCAGCGCCUACGCUAUGUCAGCCAUGUGUCAAGCGGGUUUUGACGUCAUAGACGUAUACCCAAUGACAGAUUCGUAUCCGGGGGGUACUGUGGCAAAUGACGUCGUUCACUAUCCAAACAAAGUGUUUAAUACCUUAGAAACGCUUUUAGAGAAUUACAAGGCUAACAGAAAUCAAAGAAUAGGAACGGAUGAUAGCAAGAGAAGAAUUGGGAGAUGUACCAGCUGACGAAAAAAAGACUGAAAUGGCAAUCUUUAACGUGGCCUUGCACGCAAAUAAUUUUUGCAAAGAAUGGGUUUGAGUUAUUUCCAGCUUGUGUCUGACAUGGCCAAUGCGAGACAUGUAUUUUCUUUGGCAGAGGUAUAUUUGGAAAUUUGGUUCGGGUUGUUCGGAGUAGGUCGGUUAUUCUUUCAUUUUGUGGUCCCCUUGCCUAAAGGGAGUCGGUUGAUUUGUAAGAUUUUAGUUGUCUGGUAGAUCUUAAGCCUCCCUUGUUUUUCAAGGUGUAAUGAAACAAACUUUUGUUUGGGACACUGGCGUUUUGGUAAGGAAUUUUGUCUUAAACUUCAGCAAAGUCAAUUCCGGUUUGAGAAGAGCAUUGUUGCCAAAAAGUCAUCAGACGAUUGCAAGAGGUUUGCCUCCCAGAAUUCCCUCGACCAUACGAAAUUUUAAUGCGUGCACGUGCUAUUUUUAAUUCGCACUCGUGUUACAACUUUGCACUCGUGUUACAGGAGAGUACACUUGUUUUCAGCCAGUAAGAAGAGCGUAAUUUUUUUCAUGUAAAUUAGUAGGUCUGAAAUCAUAUGCAUUAUUUCAAAAUAAAACGAGUGCGUAGAACAGGCUUAAUCCGCUAACACGAAGUUCAGACACCACUUUCUUACAUCCCUUUUGAAAUCGCAAAAUUCAGUCGCUCAGAUGCAGGAUUUUUAAGUCUAUACAAGUAUAUUUUAUUGAUCCAGUAAUUGGUUUGUAGAAAGUUGCAAAAAUUGUUUUUCAUUUUCUUGCAAUUUGUUUUUCUUCAAACAAGCCUUAAAAUCUGAUUGUUUGUCGUAUUUUAGCAAAAGUUCCUCAUUAGUUGGGAAAUAGCUGUGAUUUAUUUUUAAAAAAAUGGUGCUAUUCGCCCAUUAAGCACGCCAGUGCGAGCCAAUCAGAUUACAAGGAUCAACAAUGAUUUCAAAAUGGGUGUAACAAAUAAUUUAAACGACUUUGAC